CAUUAAACUGCAUAUGACCUUAAAAGUACAAAACUGGAGUUUUAGUGGUACAUUGGUUGAAUAACUGAAAAUCAUUUUUAAAAAAAGAAGUAAAAAAUGGAGCAGUGUGUAAAAUAUUUAUUGCUACUGGGCAUUGUGUUCGGUUUCAUAGUGAAAGAUGUUAUCUUAUCGAAAUGUUCAAUUUCCAAAGACUGGACAGAACUUUCUAUGGAAGAACGACUACUCAUGUCAGAUAGUGUAGUGUAUGGAAAAACAAAAGAACAUCGGGCGAACGUCAGAAACAUCGGCGGAAAAUCUUAUUAUGAAAUAGACGCUGUUUUUGAAGUGUAUUGUGUGCUGGAAGCCGGCGAGGAUCCGAUCACGGAGGAGAUCAUAAUUGAGAGGGUCGCGCCAAGAGAUGGUUGCUCUGGUACUAAAGAGCAUAUGAAGAUAGGCGAAGAAGCUAUUGUAAGCUUACAGAUGUCUUACGGUGGAAAAUACCAGUACGACGAAGUUAUGCCAACUCAGAGCGCCACCUUCGCUGCGACCAAAGACAGUCUCUAUACCAUUGCGUCAUUAUGUAAUAUGCAAUUAUGGACUUCGCCUUCAAAUGCCACUGUCGACAGAUGCCCGAUUUGUGGCCGAGGAGAGUUCUCAAAGAGCGUAAUGGAAGGCAACCAGAAAAAUACAAACCCUUGCCUCUUUGACGGUAUCAACUUUUUAAACGAUACGAACUGUAACAUGUUUGCUUCUAGCAGCUUAGACGCUGACAGCUUGUGUAUUCCUCAAAACACGCUGAAAACAUGCACAAGAAUCGUGUACCAGGCACCGAAAGUUACAUGCGAGUGUACUGGGGGAAAUGACCAUAGAAAUGUUGAUCUUAGCGGGUUUGGAGACAUUGACGCUGCUCUGAAUGUUCUACCAUGUUUAAUUACAAUCUUCAUCAGUUUUGUUUGUGUUUUCCUUGCAUUGUAAACUUCUUUGAAACUGAUGUGAUGGCUCAUUCCUUAUAAGUGUCACUAAACAUGUCUAAAAAACAAAACAAAUUGAAUUCACCAGUCACAAAAAAUGUAGGAAACAGUUUCAUACUUUUUCAGUUUUCAUUUAAAAUGGAUCUCCCUCUGCUAGGGAAAAGUUGAUAUCGUUAUUUAUCUGUUAAAACCACAAAUAUGAUCUUGGUCACUUUCAUUAUUUGUUGAUGUGUUUUUAAAGUGACCGUUUAGGAGCAUGACAAACAUAUCCUGUAUUUAUCUAUAUAGCUGUAUUCUGGUAAUUGUUAAAAUCAAAUUUGCCACAGUUUCCAUCAUAUCUAUAACAGUCUGGACUGAAGAUCAAAUAUGACUAAAUCUCUACACUUGUAAUAUGGUACAUGUACUAAGUUUACUCAUUUUUUAAUAUUCAGUUGCUGUGUAAUAAUUGUAAAAUUGUACAUCAAAAUUCAGUCGUAUAUAAUAAUGAAAUGUACCGUGUAAAUGCAAUUUAUUUCACAUAUGAUGUAUCCAUUAUAUUUCUAUGUCUUUUUCUACGUAAGAAUUGUUUUAAUUUAAUAGAUAAAUAGAAAAAAAUUGUUCAGUUUUCAGUCAAGAGAUAUGCCUAUUUUGGUAGAGUUGGGAGGUUCCUACAUUGAGUAAACUUAGUGUAAACUUCAGACUUUUUCUCAACUGAAUACAAAAAACAAGAUACUUCAAAGCUAUCAAAGGGUUUUCGAAAAAAAAGCUAUUCAAAUCGUAAACUGCUACAACAUAAAUUUACAAUGACCUGCAAUACAUGUAACUAUAAUAUAUGCAAAAGUCCCCGUAUUAAUGUUUUGUAGCGUAUUUUGAGUGGUUUUGUCAAAUGCAUAUUCCUUUCCAUUUUAGAAAAUCUAGAUUUUGGUUAAUGUAUUUUGGAGACAUAACUUUUUCUAAAAAAAAUAAAGGAUGUUUACAGGAUCUGUAAAUUUAUAAAUUGACCGAACAAACGCGAGUUGGAUAAAAGCUUUGUCAGUAUUAUAUGAAUUUGAAGUCUUAUCUAAAUCGAAAUUACCUUCACUUUCCGAUAGUAAAAUGUUUUCCUACCAAUAAGUGAAGGUAAUUUUAUUCUAAACAACAAAGUCUACAAAUUUAUAUCUGUCAUACAAAUAAAAUG